UCUCUCUCUCAAAACUCUAAAACGAUGGAGGAGAUUCCACUACCGUCGCAUUUCUCGCCGGAGCUCGACCUCGACACCCUCAAGCCCAUCAGCUUCCUUGGCAAGGGAGCCAUGGGCACAGUUUACCUAGUCUACGACCCAAAAUCCGACCCCUCCGCCGCCUCCCCUUUCGCUCUCAAACUCGUCGACAAGUCCCUCCUCCGCACCAAGCCCGACGCCGACCGCCGCGCCCGGUGGGAGGUCCAGGUCCUCACCCGCCUCUCCGACCCGGAAAACCUUCAUCCCUUCCUCCCCUCCCUCCUCGGCUCCUUCGAAUGCGACGAGUAUCUCGGAUGGGCCGUCCCUUACUGCUCCGGCGGCGACCUCAACGCCCUCCGCCACUUCCAAAACGACCGCGUCUUCUCCCCCGCCGUGCUCCGCUUCUACCUCGCCGAGAUCGUCUGCGCGCUCGAGCACCUCCAUACCAUGGGGCUCGCUUACCGUGACUUGAAGCCGGAAAACGUGCUGAUCCAACACUCGGGUCACGUGACCCUCACGGACUUCGACCUUUCCAGAAGCCUCAACCACCAAGCCGUUAAAACAGUCGCUAGUGCCGCGGACAACGCUGCGGAGGACACGCGGCGAAAGUCCCGCGGGAGCCUCACGCGCUGGAUCACCAUUAUCAACGACAACAAGAAAUCCAAGGCGGCCGGAGUAGGGUUGUUAAAGAAGGCCAAGUCCGCCCGGGUCAGCCCCGUCUGCCGCCGCAAGCCGAGCUUCUCCGACAACGGGGAACGGGCCAACUCGUUCGUCGGCACCGUGGAGUACGUCUCCCCGGAGAUCCUCCGCGGCGAGGGUCACGAUUUCGCCGUGGACUGGUGGGCGUUGGGGAUUUUAGCCUACGAGUGCCUCUACGGUAUGACGCCGUUUAAGGGGAAGAGCCGGAAGGAGACUUUCCGUAACGUGGUGACGAGGACGCCGGAGUUCGUGGGUCGACGGACGGCGCUGACGGACUUGAUCGAACGGCUGUUACAUAAGGACCCCACAAGGAGGUUAGGGUACGUGAGAGGCGCGUGCGAGAUCAAAGAGCAUGAGUUUUUCCGCGGGGUGAGGUGGGACCUACUGACGGAAGUUUCGCGGGCUCCGUUUAUUCCGCCGAGGGAGGAGGACGUAACGGAGAGGACGCGGGACUCCGAGAAAUGUGGAGCGAGCGUGAGGGAGUUACUUCAAAAAUUAAGGGCUCCUCCGUCGUCGAUGCCGCCUUCGCCGGAUUGUCAGUUUGCCGAGUUUUGACACGUGUGGGGAGGAUUUAAUGUACUUACGUACGUACACUUGUUGUACAAUAGAAUAACUGGUUAGAAUGUUGUUAGUAUAGACUAGUUUCAGAUUUAGACUUUGUAUUUGUAUAGCAGUUUAUACGGUGUAUAAAAUUUCCCGGUAGCUUUGUCUAUGCUCCGGCCACC